AUGCUAAGUUUGGAGUCUGUUAAAAAUGACCUUACAUUUAUUCAAUCUCAUUUUUUUAUACUAGUGAAAAGUAUAAAAAAUUUGGAACGUUCUAGUUUAACUUUGUGUGAUUCUAUUCAAAUAGUAAAUAAUGUUAUUUUGGCGAUGGAAAAAGUACCAGGACAACAGGGAAAAAUAAUUCAAGAAAAAUUGUUAUAUUUAAUUGAAAAAAAUGUUGGAUUCCAAACCGCGAAGCAGAUAACAACAAUUUUGUCAGGUAAAGAAAACAGUAUUAUGCCAUCUAAUUUAACUCCUUCUAUGUGUUCAUGUAUGAAGUAUGCACCGAUAACUUCGGUGGAUGUAGAAAGGUCUUUUAGUACGUAUAAGUCAAUUCUAACUGAAAAAAGAACUUCCAUGACAUCAGAAAAUAUGGAAAAAUAUAUUAUUGUUCACUGUUAUGAAAAUUAUUAA